AUGAGAUUGAAAUCAGAGGACGAUAGUGAAGACAUGAAAUCAGAGGACUACAGUGAAGACUCGGAAUCAGAAAACGACAGUGAAAACACGAAAGACAAGAGAUCAGAGGACGACAAUGACAAAGAAAUAUCAGAGGAUCUGAGAUUGUUUACGAUGAUAUGGCUUGAGGUGACGACAUUGCCAAAGGAACAGAUUUUGGAUUUGAUCACUCAACCCUCGUCAGUGUUGUUUGAUGCAAUAAAAUCAGGACACGAUUCGGCUGUGAAACUGCUUCUUAGUCAAAAUUUUCAAAUAUUCAUAAAAGAUCCCAAUAAUGGACAGAACCUAGGACACUUGCUUGUUCAAUAUCGACAUUUUGAUUACUUUAGGUUUAUAGAUUUUAAGAGAAAGCAGAUAAUAGGAGCAGUGGACAUUGAAGGAAACACCCUUCUGCACAUGGCUGCGCAUCUACCACUUCAAUUCCAGGCAUUAUCAGGUUUAAGAGCAAGCAUUCAAAUGCAAAAAGAGCUUGCAUGGUUCAAGAAAGUAGAAAAAAAAGUUCCUAGUGAAUUAAGGAGUGUGAGAAACAAGAAGGGAAAGAGACCGAUCGAUGUAUUUUAUGAUGAACACAAGAAGUUAUCUGAUGAGAUCAAGGAAUCAGCCAAAGGAAUGGCGAAUUCUGGAAUGGUUGUGGCAACACUUGUUGCUACAGUAGCGUUUGCAGCUGCUCUGACGGUUCCAGGUGGUAAGAAAAAUGAGUGGUUUGUUGUCUUCAUCAUCACAAAUGCAAUAGCAUUAUUCAGUUCUUCUGCUUCUAUACUCUCUUUCUUGUCAAAUUUCACUUCAUCAAGAUUUGCAGAAAGUGAAUUUGUGAUAUCAUUACAUCCCAGCUUGACUUUUGGACAUGCUUUGCUAAUAAUCUCUGUUGCUACUAUGGUUGUGGCUUUCUCUGCAGCAUGUUUUCUGAUAUUUGAAGACACAAGCAAGUGGGUUUCAUAUGUAGUGGCUUCAAUAGGGGUUUUCCCAUUACUAUUGUUUCCUCUCUUUCAAUUUAGCUUCUUCGACGACCUCAUUUGGUCUAGAUGGUAUCGUCCCAAACUUGAGUCCGCGGUUUCUGUCUCCCCCACAUUGUAUGACAAGUUUGUGAAGCAACCAUUAAAGUGCAACAACGUCGUAGCUACACAGAAUUUAUACAGUCUGGACAAUCAGAGUCAAGUGGUCGUUAUUGGCAUGCCAUGA